UGUGCGCGCGCCUGCGGGACGCGAUGCUCGUGCCCGCCGCGAGGUUGCGCGCGUGCGCCGCUCUUCCUGCGAAUUCGACGGGACCGAGAGCGGAGAGAGUCCAACCCGGAGGAGAAUGAACAACAAAUUUGACGCUCUGAAAGAUGACGAUAGCGGAGAUCAUGACCAGGACAACGGCUCACCGAAAGACAGUGAGAAGGAAAAAACUGAGGAUGAGGAGAAGGACCAAAACACUACCAAGAGGAAGGCUGUGGUUCCUGGUGCUGGGGAACACCCUCUGCAGUAUAACUACACAUUCUGGUACUCUAGGCGAACCCCAGGCAGACCAGCCAGCACACAGAGCUAUGAACAGAACAUCAAACAGAUUGGCAGCUUUGCUUCGGUGGAGCAGUUCUGGCGUUUUUACAGUCACAUGAUCAGACCAGGCGAUCUGACUGGCCACAGUGACUUCCACCUGUUUAAAGAAGGAAUCAAACCCAUGUGGGAGGACGAUGCUAAUAAGAGUGGGGGGAAGUGGAUAAUACGGCUGCGUAAGGGUCUGGCCUCGCGCUGCUGGGAGAAUUUGAUUUUGGCUAUGUUAGGGGAGCAGUUUAUGGUGGGCGAGGAGAUUUGUGGAGCCGUCGUCUCUGUACGCUUCCAGGAGGACAUCAUAUCUAUCUGGAACAAAACAGCAAGUGACCAGGCCACUACUGCUCGCAUCAGAGACACAUUGCGCCGAGUUCUCAAUCUGCCCCCAAACACCAUCAUGGAGUACAAAACACACACUGACAGCAUCAAGGCCUGGGAGGAUUUCCAUGGUCUCGUGAAUGCUAGUGGUGGCCGCUAGCUCUUCAUAAUGUGCAAAAAAUGCAAAGGGGUUUAGUUUACUUUUGUGUGGAUGAAGAGGACAUUUCUAGGGGAUAAACUUAUUUAUCAAAUAUCACCAUUUUAAAAACAAAACAAAAAAUGGACACUUGUGGAGUCUGUUUUAAAUUACCCGAGGAGCUGAAAAUCUCUUAGAAUGAGGGUCACACAGCCAGUGGUUACGCAGCGGGUGUUCCAGAUGACUGCAAGCUCUUUCUCCAGCCAGCAGGGGGAGCCUGCAGAAAUGGGCUGCAAAGACUGCAGCUACCGUGGCUCGGACGAAGGCUGGUCGACGUGGUGUAUCGUUGUACAGAAGUCACAUUUACCUGAAUUAGCUUGUUAUUCAUAGAAUCUUCAGCAACACAUAACCCCCCUUAGAAAGAGAGUACUUUUAUUUUACAUUGUAACAAACAGGGUUACAUUUUACUAUAGUGCAGUAUUUUAACUACAGUGUUAAGAAAGAAAUGUCGUUGAAUUGAGAACUUGUACAAAACAAAAAAAUAUAUUUCUAAGGUCAUUUGAAGAGGAUGGGAUGUGCUCUUGAUCUUUUUCUGUUUUGAGCUGAGGAUGUUGAAGCCUAAGAGACGUUGCUGCCUAUCGCACUGUGCCUGGCCAGGAAAGGCCUCUGCUGGACUUUCUGUGACUCCACCAUGCAAGGAGAGUCUGGUGACAUCAAACUGUCGUCAGGAUCUGUGGCUGUGCUCCGCCGUUGUAUCCCCGACCCAAGGGUCAGCUGAACCAGCCUGUGUCUCCUUCACCACUGAGUAGAGCUAAAGAAUGGUGGGGCGGGGUGGGGGUUGGCUCUUGUUUGUCUACAUCUCUUACAUACUGCCUGGAAUUCAGUGAUGGUGCUGAAAGUACUGGUGUUUGAGGUAAUAUUUUGAUUACGAUUGACUGAUGAUAGCAAUAAAUGUUGAAUAUGCAGCUGCUGCUAACUGGA